AUGGCAACCAUUCUAUUUCGUAACAAAUCGGGUAUCGUUCUAUGUGGAGUUGUUUCUAAAUGUAUUAAAUAAUUUUCAAAAUGACAGAAGUGAAAAAAGACGACGUUGUCAAAAUUCUACACACUUAUCCACUCUGCAGAAAAUGUGAUAUGUCCGAUGAGAUGAAACAAGAAGCAAUGGAACUAUGCGUGACAGCUGCAGAAAAAUACGCCGAUAAUUAUGAGAGUGUUUCUCGAAUGAUCAAAGAAACGAUGGAUAAAAAAUUUGGAGCUUCUUGGCAUACGGUUGUCGGAGAAGGUUAUGGAUUCGAGAUAACGUAUCAAUUGAAACAUUUAUUAUAUAUGUAUUGCGCUGGUAAUUUAGCAAUAUGUAUUUGGAAAUCUGCAUAAUUUAAUUUAUUCAGAAAUCAGAGAAAUCAUUUUUCUUGAUAUGUGUUUAAUGUGUAUGUAUGAUUUGUGAAUCUUAUGAAUGCUAAUAUUAUUUAUAUUAAAAAUUGUAUACAAUUUAACGUUUACAAAAUGCAUUACCAAAAAUGCAAUAAAAUUCCGAUCUAUACAAUAUAUACAACGUAUUUUGAAGAACAUCAAUUUAUUGUUUGAUAUAACAGAUUUACAAAAAUAAAAAUACAAUGAAAGUAUAACGUUAUCAUAUAAUACUUACGAUUUAUAUUUACGUAUAUAUAUAUAUAAAACUGUAGUUAAAAUUGUAAUUGGUUUCCUGUGUAUAUAAUUAUUAAGAAAUAUCUAUAAUGUUUCUACAUUAUAUAUGAUACAAAUAUAUUUAUGUGUAAUUAAAAGUGUUUACAAAAUCCAAAAUAUAAAAUUAUGUUUAUUACCUUUCGCUCGUAGGGUAUGCGACUUCAACGAUAGAAACAAAAUAUAAACAAUAAGGAACACUGUUUCGUUCGAUUGUUUUUGUUGAUAUUAAAUGUAAUCUACGACUCGGAAGUCAUAAUUUAACUAUGUUCAGAUAUUAAAUGGAAGUUAUUUUUCAUCUAAAGCGUGUUACUAGCUAUGUAAUGUUUAAAUAAAUAU